AUUAAAACAAAUUAACCUUAUUAUUGUAAACAACAUUCUACUUUUUAUCGAUGUGUAAUAUAUAAACACUAUUUGAUCCGACUAUUCCAUUAAAUAAACAUUUGUUUAUCUGCAUUUUAAAUUUAUUCCUGGAAACAAAUGUUUAUUAAAUUAAAUUCCAAAAAUUCAUUAAUAACAUAAAUGAGAUGUAUUCUAACCAACGGUUCACUUGUAAAUAUUAUAUUUCCCAACCUCGUUGAUAAAAAGUUCAUAAACUUUGGUAUUUUUAAACUGAAUAACUAUAGCAUAAGGAGUGAAACAUCUAAUUCUAAAGGAUUUGAAACUAAAAAUUUAAAUUUAUCCAAAAAAGAUUCUGAUACUAACACUACCAAGAUAACCGUAUUACUACACAAACCAUAUGGAUACAUGUCAACGUACAGUAGAAAUUCACAAAAGUGGUCUAAAAAUUUAUUGAUAAAAGAAAAUCGAUCAGAUAACGACAUUCAAACCGGAUUGGAGCCUUAUAAACUUAAUAAAAUAUUUCCCCUAAGUCCUUUGGAAGUUAGGUGUAGCGGGUUAUUGAUUUACUCACAGGAUAAAUCCCUAUUUAACAAAUUCUCUGAUUGUGAAGAGGAGUUUUACGUAGUUUUUAAAGACACUCUUACUGACUAUAAACUAAAGUUUUUAACUGGUGAGAUAUUUCUGGACGGCAGCUCUGUUGGACCUGUAGAAGUAAAGGAUUAUUCUGAAAAAAGUGCCUCUAUAAGUUUCAAAGGCUCAUCUGCUAAAUUAAGGAAAAUCUGUCUGUUGGCAGGUCUUGAAAUAAAAAGCCUUAAAAGAACCAGAAUUUCAGAUAUAAAACUUGGAUCGCUUUCUCCUGGAGAAUGGAGGCUUCUCAGACCAUAUGAGCUUACAUGA